AUGGCGUUCUUUGGUUUCGAUACCACCUUACCCAGGGACCGUGAUGGUUCUGGGGCUAAGGGAUUCUUCGAGGCACCAGAUCCCUUUGCGCAAGUUGCUCAAGCUAGUGCGCUCGAUGACGACGCAAUUGAUUUCGAAGAUACUUACGAUGGCCUCGGCGACCAGCUCGACGAUGACCAGGACGAGUUCAACGAUGACACGUUUGGUGGGCCCGGACCCGGGCCCGAUUCAUCUGGAAGGGACUUCGACUUUUUUGGGAAGACUGCUCAAGUUUCGGAUGCGAUUGGCGAAGAGCAGGUUCGCUACAGUCUGCAGAACCCCAACACUCACCGUGUCGCUCAGCCAGUGGCCCAACCCGUCCAGCCCGCCGCCCCUCAGGUCAAACGCUCAGGUUAUGAGAAGUACUCCGACCCCGGAUAUAUUCCAGACCUCCAAGCAAAGUCCAGUGUUUGGGGAGUCUCGCAGAAGAAACCCGAUCCCGCUGCCGCGAACCGGAAGAUGAUGAGUUUGGAGGAGGUGGAAGCGCAAAUGCGUCAAAGCAGUAACGCAGUGGCACCAGCAGGAGAUCCUUUCCUUCGAUCCAUGGUCGAGCCCCAAUACCACCCUCAACACCAGCACCUUCAGGCACUCCCAGAUGGGUAUCCUCCGGUUCACCCGGAGUUCUUGCAGGCACAGCUGAGACAAGGUCAUCUGCCUCAGAUGCCUCCACCCGGAAUGCCGGAGCUCUAUGGCGGGUCUGGCCAUAUGCCACCUGGUGGACCCUUGCACAUGGCGCAGAACGUGAACCCUCCUCCGCAGAGCAUGCCGCCCCCUGGUCCUGGCCCGCGCCAGAGUGCUCCUCUCCAGGCCCAACGCCCCCAACAGCAACCUCCUCAGCUCCAGCAGAUACCGCCAAACCGGGUCUCUAGCAAUGGAAUGCCUAUCAUCACCGACCCAGCCCAGCUCUCGCACCUCACCCCCGAGCAGCGUGAUGCCUAUCUGAUGGAAGAUGCCAAGCGGGCGAAGCGAAACCACAAGAUCUUCCUUCUGUCUCGAGGGAAUGGCUUGAUGACGCCGCAGGAUAAAAAUUUCAUUACUCGCAUUCAACUUCAGCAAUUGGUGGCAGCCGCUGGAAGUAUAGCGGAUUCUGACCCAGAAGCCGUGCUGGCCGAGGAUUUCUACUACCAGGUCUGCAGCCAGAUCCGGGGCGCACCACGCCAACACCCUCACCAACCACUCGGUCAUUUCGCGCAAACCUACCUACUCCAAACUGGAAACCGCCUUGGUGGGCAUCGCCGCGGCAACUUCCAAAGCGCCGACAACCACAUGCAGCGCAUGCAGCAGCAGGUUCAGCGUGCCGUUGAAGCCGCCAAGGCUAAGCCCAAGAACAAGCAACUCAUCAUCGAGGGCAGUCUUGGCAAGAUCGCGUUUAGCAAUGCCAAGGCGCCGAAACCGAUGUUGAACAUCAAGCGCCCUGACAGUGCAGAUGGCCCCAAGCCUAAGAAGCUGCAGUCUAACCUCAGCAUCAGUGACCGCAAAUCGAUUCUUACCAACGUUGAGAACGUUUACAGUGCACUGAUGGCAAUGGAGGAUAUGGAACGGACGAUGCCCCCACCUCCCGAGGAGGGUGAUGCUGAGGCCAUCCAAGAACAUCUUGAAUGGCGACAGAGACUCCACACUCUCAACCAAAAGCUGUGGCGCUCAUUGAAAGUGAUGGAACCCAUUGUGCCCAAUUCGACGACACCCCACCCCUUCAUCGCCUUUUUGUCCUACCCUAAGGGCAAGAAGGCCAUCCCUCGCAUUUUCCGCCACAUUGACCAGGAACAGCGCGUCACUAUUCUCACCAUGAUCGUCGUUCACCUUGACAGUUUGGACGUGGUCCGUCUCGCGCAACCGGUACCGGGCGAGGCCCAGCCAUCGCUCGGUAUUCGUGAGGCCAUUGAUCUGUUCUCGCUGGCUGUCAUGCCCUGUCUUCUGGGUUACGUGAACGAAGCGCCGUUCAACAUCAUCAUUGGUCUGUUGGGCUUGGUCAUCAACCAGACCCAUGUGCAAACCGUGGCCCGGACCAAGGUCGGUCUGGGUAUUUUGACCAUGUUGCUCAGUCGUGCUGAGAUUGUAAAGGAAGCCGGCCAGGCUUCCGAGCACGAUUGGCAACAAUGGGUGGAGAAGUUCAACGUCCUCUUCGACACUUUGGAGCUUGGAUUGAACGACACCUUCCCCGGAACCAUCAGCUCCGGAGACGAUAUGUAUGUGUGGCAGUUCCUUGCCGCUGUCGGCAUUGGUGCUAGUCCUGAGCAGCAACAGCGCCUGGUGAUUGCUGUCAAGGACCGUGUUAUGGAAACUGUGGGCUAUAGUAAGACCCUUCCCGCCGACAUGGGCAGUCAGCGUUUGAGUAAUGUCAACCUGUUUAUGCGGGCCAUUGGCCUGGAUGUUGAGCUUCUCGGUUAA